UACACAAGUAUCAGAGAGCGAAUAGAAAAAAAAAGAUGAUCAUCAUGAUCGUGAGGCAUCUCGGAAGAUCGAUCGAAGGGGAGGAAGGCCAAUCGGUCCCCGAUACCGAUCGCCGAUCGAUCCAAGUGGGGAGUCUAUAUUUAUUGCGCGCUCGGGGCGGGCUACUGUCGCCGAAAAGAAAAUCAGUCGGUCUCCUCCGCGCGAAGCUCCUUCGUUUCAUUUGUCUAUCCCUUUCUCUCUUUCUCUGUCUCCCGCAACCGAUCUCGUCUUUUUCGCGAGAAAGCGGAGAAAAACAAGUAUCGGUUUAAAAAUCUGUUGUAGUGUGUUGUUGGCGUCCGAAGCGGGGAAGCGCGAGCCAAAAUACAGCGUAUCGUCGGGUGACGAGAAUAUUUUUGUCUCUCUCUCUCUCUGCAGGCAGCUGGUGGCUUUCGCCGAGGACGGCAGUGUAGGUCAGCCCGUUGGUAUAGGGUUGGUCGCAAAGUCCAUUGAGCGAUGGCGAGUAGGGCGUCUUCGGUGGCCUCCUCGAGGGUCGGCGAUCCUCUCGCGGACGAGCCCCUGGUGUCCGUAGACUUCGAAGUGUUUGGAAAAGUGCAAGGUUGCUCCUUCACGAAAUACGUGCGCGAGCUGUGUCUGAAGCUCGGGAUCGUCGGGUGGGUCAAAAACAGCAGAAACGGCACGAUCCUCGGGAAGAUGCAGGGCCCCCAGGCGGUCGUCGAUCAAAUGGCGGAGUGGUUGUCGACCAAGGGCAGUCCCGACAGCGAAAUACACCACACCGAGUUCAGAGAUCUGUGCUGCGUGACGAAACGGGGAUACAAGGGCUUCGAGGUUCGCUUUUGAGAGAGGAUUUUUUUUUUUUUUUUUUUUUUUUCGUGACAAAAUAUGAUAUUAUGAUAGCCGAUGCGUUGUACAUACAUGUAUUAAAUAAUUUGUUUGUAUGUUGUUGGUGUACGUGAAAGUGUAUUGUUAGGUGGAAAUUCUUAUGAAAUAUAGAUUUACAAGCAGGGAAUUUUAACGGGAGGUAGAGUUGGCGCGACGCACUUUUUGUUCACGUCGUGAAAAAUCACUUGUUAAAAAGUAGGCGACACAAAGUUAUACCAAUUUUAAUAUGAAAAAAAAAAAAAUUAAUAUCAAAAUCAAAAUUUUUUAACUCACCAGAGCUUCAAUUGAGGCUUGUUUGCCUAUAGAUUUAAAACAGUUUACCACAUUUUUUUCUUCAUAUUAUUCCAUUGAGUUAACAGAUUUUAAAUUUAGACGUGUAUAAAUAUAUGUGCGUUGUGACCGAUGUAUUAAUUGCGUAUACGUACUCAAACAUCUGUUAAUAUAUGGUCACAGUGGUACAGUUAUAAAUAUAUAGAUACCUUCAAGUUGUAUAAAAUGUCUGACAUGUGAAAUAGGCGAACGAAUGUUUUAGAAAUAAUUGUAUUUUAAACUAUAGGUAGACGAUAUUAAAAUUACGAUUACUAAUUAUACGAUAAUAUACAAAUAUGUAAUUAACAGAACCGAGUGUGAUUAGCGUACGAAAGAUUUUGAUUUAUUUGGAACGUAGAUAUACUUAUGUAAUAUUAUGAUGUCUCUGAACAGGAGAAACUGAGAUUUGAUAUUAUUAUUAAUGGAGUCGCGAUUGAUUUAUACAAAAUAAAAUGGUACAAAAAUCAAACUGCGUCCCGUUACUUUUCCUCUUUGUUUUUGUAAACUAUUAGUUUUAGUUCAUUUGAGAAACAGCAAUCACAGUACCAAUCAUAAUUUAUUGCAACAGAGAAAAAAAAUGUACGAAAACAUUACAUUUCUUAUUCAUCGUUUCGUGAAAAAUUAAUUUUUAAUUUAAAAUAACAAACAUUAAAUAAAAAUAAUG